AUGGCCCGAUUAGCAUCAAGACCUUCAGUUUCACUGAUCAACAAACCUAAGAAAAAGAUCUUUGGAAGCGACGAUGAAGGUGAUGCAUCGAUAUUAACUGGUACCAAGAAGCAAGUAGAGGAGGAAGAAGAAAAGAAGGAAGAAUCAGAGGAAGAAGAUAGCGAUGAUGAAGCCCCUGAGGAAGAAGGAUUCAGCCAAGCCAAAAACACACUGUCUAGAAAACAGCGCGAGCAACAAGAGCUUAUCAUUAAACAACGUUUAGAGGAACGUGAGCAGCGCAGAGAACGUGAUGAGCAACUUCGGAAACAAAAGGAAGAAUCCAAGAUACGGCAGAGUGCCAAGGAGGCUGCACACAUUGAAAAGCUUAAGGCUCAAGAGAAACAAAAGGAAGAAGAAAUAAAAGCUGAAACAGCAUUACUUGAUGCCAGUUUACUUGCCGAGAUUGAUGAGCAGGCCUUGGUGCUUCCCCGGGGGAAAAAGACCACAUUUAAUGCGGCGACCAAGAGCUCAUCUCUGAAAAAGAACAAUAAGGAGUCAUUUAAAGAGACUACCAGUAAAUUAGCUUCUAAAACAAGAGAAUCCACAAUUAAGGUGGUCAAGAAGGGGCCUGUUAAUGUGGCUGUGUUGAAGAAAAACCGCAAGAGUAUGAUGCCACCAAAGGCGCAGAUUGUGGACGAGAUGCGCAACAAGUGGUAUACUGAGAGUCAAAAAACAGUCGAACGACGUGUGCGAAGGUGA